UCCCCUCCCCUCAGAAAUUAGGGUUUCUGAUUCUCGGAGCCAAAAGAAGAGAAAGCAGCCGCGCAGAAAGUUGAACACAGGACAAGCUCACGAUGGCGAGGAUUAAGGUUCACGAACUGAGGGACAAGUCGAAGAGCGAUCUUCAAAACCAGCUCAAGGAGCUUAAGGCUGAGCUCGCCCUCCUCCGUGUCGCCAAAGUCACCGGUGGUGCUCCAAACAAGCUCUCCAAAAUCAAGGUGGUCCGUAAAUCCAUAGCUCAGGUUCUGACAGUGUCCUCCCAGAAGCAGAAGUCUGCUCUAAGAGAAGCAUACAAGAACAAGAAGUUGCUUCCUCUUGAUCUUCGUCCCAAGAAAACCCGUGCUAUCCGCAGACGCCUCACUAAACACCAGGCCUCUUUGAAGACAGAGCGUGAGAAGAAGAAAGAGAUGUACUUCCCAAUCAGGAAGUACGCUAUCAGAGUUUAAUUUUAUUUAGCUACUAGAGAGACUGUUUCAGCUUUUGUUUUUGAUGGAAACUUGUUGUUCUUGUUCUUCACUUUUGUUAUCAACUCAAACAGGUUCAGAUACUUUGAUUUUGGUUCCUAUUGAUACUUUGCUUUUAUCUUUU